AUGCUGACCAUCUCAGUCACCACCUUGCAAUGCGGCUGCUUCGUCGGAGCCCUGAUUGCUGGACCAAUUGCGGAUAGACUCGGCAGACGCCCAACUCUGAUGCUGGCAGCAUGUUUGGCCAUCAUCGGCACGAUCAUGCAAUCUGCUGCUAUGGGCGAGAUCGCUGCCAUCUACGUCGGGCGAUUCAUUGCCGGAUUGGGUGUUGGUGCUGCGUCCAUGGUUACUCCGCUCUACAUCUCUGAGAACGCGCCUCGUGCCAUUCGCGGCGGUCUUACUGGCAUCUAUCAGCUCUUCAUCACCAUGGGAAUCAUGUUGGCUUUCUGGAUCAACUACGGCUGCAAGCUAAACGUUACGGGCGAUGCGAUUUACAUCAUCCCACUCACCAUGCAAGGCCUCCCAGCAGUGCUGUUGCUGGUAUCGCAGUUCUUCUGUAAUGAAUCGCCCAGGCACUUGGCACGCAAAGACCGAUGGGAGGAUGCCUCCCGCGUGCUUGCUCUCGUGCGGAAUCUGCCUGCAUCCCACCCAUACGUCGCUGGCGAGCUUCAAGAGAUCCACGAGGUGCUUGAGCAUGAGCGUCGUCUCAUGGGAGGAUCCACUUUCAAGGACCUGAUGCGCGAGAUGUGGACGAUUCCUGGCAACAGGAAGAGGGCUCUAAUCUCGAUCGGCUUGAUGAUAUGCCAACAGAUGACCGGAACCAACGCGAUUAACUAUUACGCUCCACAGAUCUUCGCGAACCUUGGCCUCGGCAGCAACACCUCCACUCUGUUCGCAACUGGCAUCUACGGGGUCAUGAAGAUGACCAUGUGUUUCUGCUUCUUGAUCUUUGCAGCGGACUCUCUCGGACGCCGGAAGUCACUUCUUUGGACCUCAAUCGCCAUGGGUUUGGCGAUGAUGUACGUCGGCUUGUACGUCCGCAUCAAGCCUCCGGUUGAGGGCGAAGCGAUUCCUCCGGCCGGCUAUGUUGCUCUCGUUUGCAUCUACCUCUUCGCUUCCUUCUUCCAGUGGGGUUGGGGACCGGUAUGCUGGAUCUACGUCUCCGAGAUCCCCACCGCCCGCCUUCGUGCACUCAACGUCUCGCUCGCCGCCGCCACGCAGUGGCUCUUCAACCUCGUCAUCGCACGCUCUGUUCCAAACAUGCUUGCAACGAUGGGCGAGGGCGGCUAUGGGUGCUUCAUCCUCUUCUCCGUGUUCUGCCUCUCCAUGUUCGUCUUCGUCUGGUUCCUGGUUCCCGAGACGAAGGGUCUGUCCCUCGAGACUAUGGACGAUUUGUUCGGCGUUACGGAGCUUGUCAAGAAGAUGGACGACGAAGAGGGCAGUGUGUCCGGCGACAGGAAGGAUAACUCUCACCAUGUCGAGAUCACCGAGUCGAAGUAG